AUGAAACAGGAAGAUUGUUUCAUCUGGGCAUUUGCAGGUAUCAACUCGGAGGGCCAAAUGGCUACUCAACCUAUGCGUAAUUGGCGAGAAACUGAGCGGGUCACAAAACAAAUAUGGAAAGACUCACAGCAACCUAAUAUGGCUUCCAAAGUUGAAGGCGUGGAGAAGGCUUAUGGCCUCAAAGACACUAUGUCACAACCCUUUCUGGAUAAGAUGAGAAAGGUACAAAGACAACAUAAUCAACAAGUCCCAGCAGUGUCGUUCUUAUCCUUGCAUCAACUAGAAAUGAAAACUGAUCUAUCAGCCACCUUGAAAUCUGGUCAUACUGUCCAACCAAGUGGAUUGGCCAAAUUCGCGCCAUCUGGAAGCGCAAAAGUGGAUGUGAAGGGAUAUCUUCUCCCAUAUUAUCAGUGGCAUGGGGUACCAUGUCAAACACCUACCAUACCUGGUAUGGCAUGCGGUCUCUGA